AUCUUUUUUUCCUCACAAACAUUUUUUUCUCGUCCUGCUUUGUGGGUGUGUUCUUUGGAAAACCAAGGAAAAAUCGCACGGAAUACCAUCAAAACAAAGGGAAAAGUCGCACUUAAAACCAGCUCAGUGGUAUACCGAAUACCACAAAUCAGUUACAGAGCCGAAGGAGCAGCAGCUCCAGCCACAUACAUAUUCAUACAUAAUGCCACGCUACCGCGAAUGGGAUUUGGCCUGCAAAGUGUACGUGGGCAAUCUGGGAUCCUCGGCCUCCAAAUACGAGAUCGAGAACGCCUUCAGCAAAUACGGACCCUUGCGCAACGUCUGGGUGGCCCGCAAUCCGCCCGGUUUCGCCUUCGUCGAGUUCGAGGAUCGUCGCGACGCUGAGGAUGCGACCCGUGGCCUGGACGGCACCCGCUGCUGUGGCACCCGCAUCCGUGUUGAGAUGUCUUCGGGUCGUUCACGGGAGGGUCGCGGCGGCGGCGGAGGAGGUGGCGGCGGCGGUGGAGGAGGCGGUUCCGGUGGCGGGGGCCGCGGUGGUGGCAGUGGCGCCCGUGCUGGAGGCGGUGGAAGAGCUGGCGAUGGCGGCGGUCGCUAUAGAUCCCGCUCACCCCGCCGCUCGAGGACACGCAGCCGCAGCUUUUCGCGGGAUCGUCGCAGUCGCUCCGACUCCAGGGAUCGCCAUUAGAUGAGGAUAGUGGGAUGCAGCAGCCCCGAUCCGGACUACACAACACACACACACAUAUAUAUAUAUAUAUAUAUACAGAGAUAUAUAAUGCAGCCACAGAGUUGGGGCCAAAAAGUAUCUGUUUUGCCCCCACGAAAAGAAAACUCCAGAUUCCUUAAGUUUGACUCAAAAAUUUGUCCCAUAUAAUCCCCUCCCCCAAGAAAAGAAAACAACCAAAAAGCAAAAAGAAAAAAAAUCGAGCAACUUCACAAAAGACCACCUCACAACCCAGCCAUCUCCGAUCUGAAUGGAUCGCAAGUAUAGCCACAGUACAAGUACGGUACACAUUGGUUUUUAGGCCUUAAGACUUUGGUAGAUUUUAAUUCAGAAAGUGAAAAUGAAAAAUGAAGAGCAAGCAAUGCAGCCACCAGCAACUACAAACAACAUCCGAUCGAACGGAUGGAUGUCAAAGGUAAAUGCUAUUCUACGUCCGCGAAACCCAAUUAUUUAUCCAUUUGUUUUUCUCCGAAUCUGUCGCCACACAAAAUAUGUCAAGAGAAAAAUGAAAGGUACGGAGGCGUAAGAACGUAAGAACGUAAGAAGUUUCUAUAUACGAUUGAUUGGCGGAAGUGCAAGUAGUUAAGUCGUGAAAUGAGAACCAAUAAAUUGAACAUAAUUUAAAACCGAAA